UGUAACGGGCUUAUUUAUUUCUUCCCCUGAGUACGUUGGUUAUUUACUAGCAAUGACAUACAAUACAUAGUGACACUGGUAAAGUUAAGUUUCAAAUUCAGACAUGAUCCGAAUUACGUAAGUUAUACACUGUGUACUUAGUGAUUGAUGUGUACGUUUUAAACGUAGUGUGGAAAAUAACAGUAUGUCAACAAAACCGUUUAAACUUUAUUUUUUAUCAAACUAAUUGGUUUUAACUUGUAUUAAUUAGUUGAAUGUUAUGUGUAUUUAACAGUGCAAGGGUGUUUUAUUUGAAAUCUAAGGAGACUUAAGGAAGAAAUAGUAGGCUGUGAACUAAAUAAUGUUAGUGUAGGGUUUGGAUAUGCCUAAUUCCCUCAUGUAAAAUGGAGAAGUCGACAGCGGUAUUGCCAAGCGAUUGUUUACAAUUUACGCUAUUUACUAAAGGAGAGGAAUUUCAUGACUGAAUGCGUAGAAAUGUUAUUCCUAUCAUAUUUGGCAUAUAGUGCUUUUAAAUAAAAAACACGCUGCAUAUAAACUAUAAAACACAACAAUGAAUUCACCGGCAUAUGCUGCAAGCCUUGUUGACUACAGUUGGUCCAUUACAACAUAUCGUUUGGACGAAUUAGAGCGGCGUUUUACUUUCCCGCGUGUCAUCCGUCUCGCUGAAGGAUAUUGCUCGGACAUUGAGGCCGAGGGAUUCUCAAAGGAUGACAUUAUCGCCGUCGACAAUAAACUUGUGUUGCACAAAGUUGGUGCAUUUUUUACUGACAGAACUUCUCCCAUAACACAGACAAACGAUGAAAGUGAUUUCAGCUAUGUUCGAUUAAGCGACGAGAUACUGGUUCCUUUGAAUUACAAAGGUAAAGUCAAAAUUUUAAAUGCCGGGAAGAAGUAUACGACUGUACGAGACCUAGCGGAAGAGUUUCCGCGUUUUGCUAAAGCGUGCCAGAACUUUUCAGCGUACGGUGCGGACCAUAAACGAUUUGAUGUGCAGGCAGGCACAACAGUAGAACUGGAGCGGAUCGUUCCAGGAAGAAAUGGCCAACCGGACGAGCUUGUCAUACAGUUUCAGGCCGAAGGGAAGCCUGUGUUUGCCAAGAUAUCAUCGGCGACAAAAACGGUCUUUCGGGCACAACCCGACAUAACGGAGUACACGAUAAGAGAAGUGAUCGAUAGGUUCAAGUUGCCCCAGGUUGUCACGUUCAUUGACGACGAGAUCCGAAGAGUCUAUACCCAGGACUUGAUAGAGGGCAUCGAGAACAUGCGCAAAAUCACAAAAACCCUCCAACUGAAUCGACUGGUUACCCAAAACGUACUCGUAGGUCAUUACAAGCCCGUAGAGGGAUUGGACACGGGCGACAGUGAGCGGUUUAGAAAGCGGACACUGGUUGUCAUACCCCUGGAUCAUCCGGAGAUUCGUGAAAUACAGGUUCAUGCCUUGGAGGACGACGCGGAAAUUUCAGCUAUUUAUGAGAAGGUGUUCAAUGUAUAUAAUAUUUCGAGUUCACACGAGGUAGUGGAUGCCAUAUACGUCGAAUAUUUCAAAGAAGCGCCGUCGACAAUGUUUAUAAGAGUCGAUUCGCCAACUUCAAAUACUGAAAGAGUAACGUCUGAAGUGUUGCCACUGAUACCACCUCGACCAAGUCUGUCUCCAGGGUUUAAACGUCACAACUUCGCAGGAAAUAAACCGUUGGAAGAAAAGGAAUUGGACGAUUAUGAAGAAAUGUCUCCAACACCGAUGUCCAAAGGUGCGUCGGAUUCUAACAGGAAACCUCCCAAAAGAGCAGAUACUACCAUAACUUCAGAAGCACAUAACCCAAAAGACGCAUACGAAGACCCCGAGCCCUUACCGCAGGUGCAUCGAAGGCCUCGUAUAAACAAUCCAGCUGGUGAGACGUCGUCCUCCCCGCCGUUAUUACCACCACGCCUUAACCAGGGGAGGUCACGGGAACCAUCACAGGAGAGGUCACGGGAACCAUCACCACGUGCUCAUCGGAAACCGGUACCAGACGGGUACCUGAAAAUGACGGGAGGCGAAAACCCACACAUUGACCAAGACGGCUAUGAAGAAAUUGAGGAAAAGUUUACCCCACCACCUGCAACACCUAAAAUCAUAGUUCAAACAGACUCGGAUGACUACCUGGAACCUAUGUCUCAUCGCAAAGAACAAAACAGUCCAGUUCACUACGUCAACAGUUCCCCCACGUUCGAUUUCAGCUUCGAUCUUGCAACCACUUACUCUUCACCAUUACCAGCGUUACCUAUCCGGACAAAGUCUAAAAAGGGAGGAAUCUUCCGGUCUUGGAACAGAAAUAAGAAAAACAGCGUAAAAUCUCCUUCACAACCCAAGGAGACUCGUUCAAAGAAACCCGAACCAAAUACUGAACUCGAUACAAAAGAACUCAAAGACGAUUACAACGAUAUUGGCGACUUAGAGCUUUAUCCCGAGGUGAAAGUAUCAUCCACAAAACUUCCUCCAAAGACCGCUGUUGUGAAGCCGAUGACAAGUGCGAGUACUGGCGACUUUCUCAGCCCCGCCAGUGCAGACCAGAAAUGCUUCAAGCAGCUCUCAUGUGAUGAACUUGUGAAGAGAUUGAGGCAAUGCGCCCUUCUGGAGCUGGCACAGAUGUGCGAGAACGACAGGCUGGAUGGCUCAUUCUUUGAGUCGCUUGAUGACCAUACAUUGACCACGGUGUUUAACUUGAAGAGCGUGAAUUUACUUAAGUUUAAAAAGAUGAGGGACUCAAAUUGGUUGCCCUCUGAUAAUUAACGUGUUGAGGAAGUACCUGCUUCAUUGAUGUUCAGUUUAAAUCGUAUACAUGUACACGCAUGUAAUCAUUCAACAAUUCACACGUUUUUGCUUUACCAUGAAAUGUCUUAUGAUUACCGAUACAUUAAUAUCACGCACAAUGUAUAUGCUUACUCUUGUUUCCUCUAGCUAUUUGAUUAUUCGACAUUUUGUCGAAAGCAUAAAUGCUACAGUUUCAAAUGAAAGCACAUGUGCUUUGCGCAAUACAAUACCAAGUUCGAAAUAUGCGUCUAUGUAAAUAUAUUCUAGUUAUUGA